AUGAAUAUGGCUGAUAAAUUUUUGACUAUCGUUAAUAAAUUUAAAAUAUCAAAAUGGAUGAAUACAUUACGGGAAUUGGAGAAAUUGAUAGAUGGAAUUCCUGUUCCAGAUAUUACAGUAUCUUCCAUGUCACAAUAAUCUGAUCGACUGACUCCUUAAUCAAAGAAAAAAUAAUCUCUGACAAGGGAACAAGUCCAACGCAUUCUAAGAAGAACAACCGAGUAGACUCAAAUCCCCAUAAACAAAUAGAAGGUCUUUACUAUGCAGACCUUUAAUUGUAAGGAGAAUUCAAAUGAUGAAUAAAUGCUUAAAAUUAUGAAAUAAAAGGAAGGAAAAGGUAAUUCAGAACUAUAGAUAUUACAACACUAAAUUAAAGAAUAGCAGAAAGUUAUUGAGCAAUAAAUUCAUCAAAUUGGAUAAAUAAACAUUAAAAUUGAAUAUCUGACAAAUGAAUUGUAGGAUAAUUAAGAGAAAAGACAAGCUGAUGCCAAAAAAGUGUUAUAAUUAUAAUAAGUUAAUGAAUAGUAACAAUAAAUAAUUGAAGAUUUACGCAAUGAGUUGUAGAUGGCAAAAAGAGUUAGUUCAUAAUAGUAAAAUAGGGAAUAAGAUUCAAUGAAUUAAAUUAGCUUAUUGAAAUCGAAAAUCAAUUGUUUAGAAUCAGAGAUCAAUAGAACUAGGACCACUUUUACACUCACAUCUCCUAAAAAUGAUACUAUGCAGACAGACGUAUUCUCAAAUAGAAUUGACCCAGAAUUACUUAGUGAAGAAGAAACUUUAACUGUCUUGUUUAGUCUAUUGGGUAGGGUUUCAAAGAGUUAAAGGAUGUCAUAUUUAUUAAAUAGAAAUGCAGAUUUCAAAUUUUUAAUUAAAUGUAAACGAAGUCAACCAAGCAUGAACAAAAUCUCAAUUCUAUAAAAUAGUAAGUCCAUGUGCGACAGAAAAUUAUCAUACAAUCAUGAAAAUUUUAAACAGAUAGUUAAAAAUGUGGGUAUCAAAAACCAAUGA